AUGUUUCCUUUACAACCCAACAACGAUCUGCUCUAUCUCCCACCAAAUCGCUACCUGAUUCCGGAGGAUCAGAUCAUCCAUGAUGAUCAAGAUCCUCGUGGCCUUCACGUCACCAACCGAAAGGACAAGAACAAGGGCUUAGACAAAUCUGUACUCAUAUCCUUCAGCGGAAGCAACAAAAAGGAUGAAGAUUGUGAUCAUCAGAAGAAGAUGCAUCGAGACAUCGAGCGGCGGAGGCGGCAAGAGAUGAGCACCCUUUACGCGUCUCUCAGAUCAUUGCUCCCUCUCGAGUAUAUAAAGGGGAAGCGGGCGACAUCGGACCAUAUAAGCGGGGCUGUAAGUUACAUAAACCAUCAAGAGAGGAAGAUCAAAGAGCUGGAAAGUAGAAGAGAUGAAAUGAAGAGUGGUGAUUGUUCGGUGAGAGCUUUGAGUGUAAGGCCUUGUCUGGAUGGAGUGGAAAUAAUCAUCAGAAGUGCUAGUUCCAGUGACCAAGACCAUAAUUUUCCAUUAUCAAAGGUGCUGCAACUCCUGCUUGAAGAAGGAAUUAGUGUAGCAAGUUGUGUUUCCACUAGAACUAGCGAAGUGACAUUCAUCCACACCAUCCAAUCCGAGGUUUGCCAUGCCAGGUGUCUCGAUAUAGCUCGGCUGCAAUCGAAACUCGAUGAAGUGCUUUUGGACUACUGA